AUGUCGCCGCCAAAAGAGUAUAUCAAUCCCAACAACAUCCUGCUCUCAAGCACCGUCACGUCAGGAGAUCUAAUCAAAAUUUGUGAUCUUGGAGUCAUGAUGGACGAGGGAUACACGAAUCACCGCCUCCAGUCUUUGCCUUGCCGUGCCCCUGAAGUCUGGAAAGGACAGGGUGUUUCUCAUGCGUCCGAGGUAUGGUCUGUUGGGGUCACGCUGGCCCAUUGGCUCUUAGGGCGAGCAAUUUUCGGAGCAGAUGACAAAAUAAUCGUGGGACAUACAGAGGCGUGGUGCAUCGCAAAGAUCCAGCGUCUCGUAGGGCAAUUCGAUGUCUACACAGGUCAGGAGGAGAUAGAGGAGGAGUUUGAUGUGGCGGCCAACCUUUUGGGCAUGGAACUAGAUAAGGCCCACGGUAAGCUACAAGGCAAACUGAUCAAUGCAGGUUCUCUACGUCAAGAACUAGAGAGAAUCGAGAAUCCGCCCAUCGCCCCGGAACUCAUUGACUUCAUAGAGUCUCUUCUCGUCUUGGACGAAACAAAGCGACCGACGGCAGAAGAGGCGUUGCGACACCCUUUUCUAACUUAGGUUUGGACGAGGAGUUUAUAAUUUUGCUUUGGGUGUAUUUCCAGUACGGCAUGAUUCAUAAAAUCAUUUACAAU